AUGAAUGCAUCCAGACCCCUGAGGGAAGCUCCUACAGCUGAGGCCCGGCUAAGGGUGCUAAUGCAGCAGGCAGUAGAGGGGCCCCCGAAUAAUGAUCCCUCAAAGUUCAGAGAAAUGCCGCCACUUUCGGAGGUCCAUCGAGCAACGGAACUAAGAGCUGUUCCAUCAGGAGCACUUGAAACGGCGGCAGCUACGCCAGCUGCAGCCUUUGUAUCCCGUCUAUCCUCAGGGGUCACCCUAUUCGAUAUGACGCGACCCGUUUCAGGCUGCGCAGCGAUGGCCUCUGUGAGAGUGGCCUUGCACUUCCCCCCCAAGGAUCAACUUAAGAUUACCGCCAGCCGCAUGGAUCAUUGCACUAUGAGCAGCAGCAGUUCCAGUCGCUUGUGCUGCGCAGCCGGCAGGCAAGGGGCUAAAGUAUACGUUUGGGGGGAAAGCGACUCUCUUCUUGUUGGCGGUUUUCUGCAGUUGCUCUCACGAAGCCUUAGUGGGGGGUCUCCUUGUGGGGCAUCCUUUUUGGCGGCAGCAGGACCCACUAGGCUUUUGCGCCGUUGCAGGUUGUUGGACUUGCUCCCCUACACUCGGAUAAGGGGCUUUCGGGGGGCCGUUGAACUUAUUUGGCGUUCCACUUGCGAUUUACUGGGCCAGUGCACCAGCUGUGAGGCGGCAUUGUCACUGGGGAAGGGGCUUCGUCACUUUGAUGGGGCCGGGAAAGGAAGCCACGUUGACGCUAUUGCAUCCAACCACGGCUGCGCAGGAACGGAAUCAACGAAGGCAGCCACAGCAAUAGCAGCAACAGCAGUACCAAUGGCGCCACCAGCACCAACAGCGCCAACAGCAUUCUUGGGGGCGGGGGGCGCAUCUACUGUUUGCUCACAAGGACCCCUUGGCGACAUGCCAGAUCCUUUGACACUACCGGUAGAAGGCAGAGGACAACAUUUGCGACAACAUGAAGGAACAGCUGUGUUAAUGGAGCGAAGCCAUGCAGCUCUUCCUCUUGGAGGCGGCGUUGGUUCGGAGGCACACGUGCUGGUAUCUGGGGGAGUUGAUUCUGCAGUAUCUUUGUUCCUAAUGCGAGAGUGGGGCUUCAGGCCAAAGCCUGUCUUCCUUAAGGUAUGGGCCCCAGAGGCCACCCAACUAAAGGAGCAGGUGUACAGUCAGGCGCAUCAGGGGAGGCUUGCUGUCGCUGCCGCUGCAGCAGCAGCUGCAGCAGCUUGCCCGUGGCGCGAGGAUGCUGAGAUGGCAGCGGCAGUGGCAGCCGCAGCAGGUUUGCCCCUUGAGGUUGUUCCCAUGCAGCAGCAGUACUGGGACAGGGUCAUCACUACUUUCUUAGAAGGGGCUCGAUCGGGCCUGACUCUAAACCCCGACUGGAGCUGCAACUCUCUAGUGAAAUUCGGGGCCUUUGUGGAGACUCUUGGUGAUCUAGACUGUCCAGUUGUCUCCGGCCACUAUGCUAGAAUUCAAAUGAAUGAAGGAGUUCCCAGGUUGCUAAGGGGAAAAGACCUGGCAAAGGAUCAGUCGUACUUUCUUUCUGGUUUGUCUCUCCAACAAUUAUCUCGUUCCCUGUUCCCUGUGGGCGCCCUCUUGAAGACUCAGGUGCGAAAACUAGCGGCUGACUGGCACCUGCCGUCUUCACAGAGGCCGGACAGCCAAGGCCUGUGUUUCUUGGGGCCGUUGCCAGUGGGGCAGUUUCUGACGUAUCUUCUAGGGGAGAAAGAGGGCCCCAUCUUUCACUUUCCAUCAGGAGCUCUUGUUGGCCGUCACAAAGGCCUUUGGGCAUUCACUGCUGGCCAGCAAAAAGGGGUCCUGCCUCUCUUAGAUCCACGCCUAUGCCGACGCUGCAAGGGAGCCACAGGUGGCCCUCCUACUCUUUCAGGGCCUUGGAGCGUAGUCGGCAAGGUCCCUGAGGCAAACGCUCUUUUUGUUGUCAGUAAAGAGGAGGAGAGAGCAGCAGAAGAGUGCGUUCGAACUCUGGCAUCUGACGUCAGAGAUUCUCGUAAGUGCCAUGACGGCCCCCAUCUAGAGGCUGCUGCAAAGACCGACCGAAGGGCCCAUCUGGCUUUGAAGCUUAGACAACUAAGAACCCGUUUAAGGGUGGACAACCUAAAAUGGCUUGGAGGAGAAACCCCUCCCGAGUUCGCUGCUUCUAUGGCUUUUCAAGGGACGUCCUUCUGCGAUGAGGGCUCUGUUGCAGCAACCGUCGCAGCAAAUGCCAUUUCUGCUGCAAGGGAAGGCGGUCCAGUGCUUGUUGGAAACCCUUCGAAUGCAACCUUCAAGAAAGACACCAACGAGCGCGUGGGGCUGGUUGUGCAGGUCAGACACAGCGCAGGUUUUCACGGAGUGGCAAAACACAAAUUCAAGAUUUUGUGGGCGUCAAAAGGCCCCUCACCGGACCCACUAAAGAGUUCAUCAGGGAGGUUGUCAUGCUUUUCUGUGUCUGAUGAAGAGGCGGAGUUGCUGCUGGAGGAGCCCGAUGUGGGGCUUGCCCCCGGGCAGAUCGCCGCCUUUUAUAGGGAUGAGGAGUGUAUAGGUUCGGCACGGAUUUCUAAUAUGCAGGGCUUACAUGUAUUGAAGGAAAUCCUCGAUAAGGGGAGUUGA